GUCUAUACCGUGAUGUAAUGGCUGUAUGUACCUGCAGGCCGCUGCUGAUACUAUCUUCGUUGUGCUUUGUAGACGACAUGGUGUCUGAUAAAGAGAGAAACCUCCGGUUUGUUGAGGUGUCUGUAUGAGUCACUGACCGUGCUGCUGUUGAUCACAGGGAGAAAACAGCUCGUCAUCAAGCCUGAGCUCGGUGAAGCGCUCGGUGCCGCCCCCUCUGCUAGCACAGCUAACGCUCUUACCGACAUUCACUCCGGGACAACGUUAGCAGUUGGUUAGCUUGUAGAGGUUUUAACAGCACCGGUGCCAGGAUGCAAGAGGAGUAUUUGUGAAGACCGCCCCCAUCUACGUGCCAUGUCUCUGGUUUUCUCACGGCCCAACACCAACGCAGUCCAUAGCAAGAAGGACAAGAGACUGAUGGCAGAAGUGAACGCAUCGCCGCUCAAACACUUUGUCACAGCAAAGAAGAAGAUCAAUGGGAUCUUUGAACAGUUGGGGGCCUACAUCAAGGAGAGCGCUUCCUUUCUGGAAGAUACUCACAAAAAUGAGGAGCUGGACCCGGUCACCACAGAGGAGCAGGUCCAGGAGGUCUGUGGUUACCUCACCAAGGUGGCAGGGAUUGGAGAAGUGCUCGCCCGCAGGCACAUGAAGGUGGUCUUCUUUGGGAGGACCAGUAAUGGGAAGAGCUCAGUGAUCAAUGCCAUGCUCUGUGAUAAGGUGCUGCCGUCUGGAAUAGGACACACCACCAACUGCUUCCUGAGGGUGGAGGGCACCGAUGGCAACGAGGCCUUCCUCCUCACUGAAGGCUCAGAGGAGAAGAAGAGCAUAAAGACGGUGAACCAGCUGGCCCAUGCUCUCCACCAGGAUGAGGACCUGGAUGCCGGCAGCUUGGUCUGUGUCAUGUGGCCGAAAGCCAAGUGUGCUCUGCUGAGGGAUGACCUGGUGUUGGUGGACAGCCCAGGUAUCGAUGUCACCACAGAGCUGGACAGCUGGAUCGACAAGUUCUGCCUGGAUGCUGAUGUGUUUGUUCUGGUGGCGAACUCUGAGUCCACACUGAUGCAGACGGAGAAGUCCUUUUUUCACAAGGUCAACGAGCGGCUCUCCAGUCCCAACAUCUUCAUCCUCAACAACCGCUGGGACGCCUCCGCCUCAGAGCCUGAGUACAUGGAGGAGGUUCGCAGGCAGCACAUGGACCGCUGCACCAACUUCCUUGUGGAUGAGCUGGCUGUGGUAGACCGGAACCAGGCCAGUGACCGCAUCUUCUUCGUCUCUGCCAAGGAAGUGCUCCAGGCUCGAGUACAGAAGGCUCAAGGGAUGCCUGAAGCAGGUGGAGCCCUGGCUGAGGGAUUUCAGGCCAGAAUGUUUGAGUUCCAGAACUUUGAGCGGAGAUUCGAGGAGUGUAUCUCUCAGUCUGCGGUGAAGACCAAGUUUGAGCAGCACACAGUGAGGGCCAAGCAGAUCUCUGAGGCUCUGCGUCACAUCAUGGACUCUGUUCAUGUUGCUGCACAAGAGCAGAGGGUCUACUGUCUUGAAACCAAAGAGGACCGUCAGGACCGGUUGGAGUUUAUAGAUAAGCAGCUGGACCUGUUGACCAUGGACUGUAAGGCCAGGAUCAAGAAGAUCACUGAGGAGGUGGAGAGACAGGUGUCUAAUGCCAUGGCCGAGGAGAUCAGGAAGCUUCAUGUGCUGGUGGAUGACUUCCACAUGGACUUCCACCCUUCAUCAGUGGUGCUCAAGGUCUACAAGAACGAGCUCCAUCGGCACAUAGAAGAAGGUCUGGGCAAGAACAUGUCAGAGAGGUGUUCCACCUCCAUCACCAGCGCCCUGCAGGGCACACAGACCGACAUGAUUGAGGAAUCCUCUCCUCUCUUGCCCAGCCCAGUCAGAGAGCAGGUAGACAAGCUGGUUCCUCGUCAGUGCUUCAGCCUCAGCUAUGACCUGGCCUGUGACAAGCUCUGCAGUGACUUUCAGGAGGACAUCAGCUUCCAUUUCUCUCUGGGCUGGACAAUGCUGGUCAACCGCUUCCUGGGGCCCAAGAACACCCGGAGGGCCCUGAUGGGCUACAACGACCAGGUCCCUCGGCCCAUGGCCCUGACUCCUGUCAGCACCAGCAUGCCUCCAUUCCCACAGAGCUCCAUGACCCAGGAAGAGCUGAUGGUCUCCAUGGUGACAGGUCUGGCCUCCCUCACCUCCCGUACCUCCAUGGGUGUCCUCGUGGUUGGUGGCGUGAUCUGGAAGGCGGUCGGCUGGCGUCUGAUCGCCCUGUCGGUGGGCCUCUACGGGCUUCUCUACAUCUAUGAGCGGCUCACCUGGACCACCAAGGCCAAGGAGAGAGCUUUCAAGAGACAGUUUGUGGACUACGCCAGCGAGAAGCUGCAGCUCAUCGUCAGCUACACCGGAUCCAACUGCAGCCACCAAGUCCAGCAGGAGCUGGCUGGUGUGUUUGCUCAGCUGUGCCAGCAGGUGGAUGUGACCCGUCAGAACCUGGAGGAUGAGAUCACUGACAUGAACAGGAAGAUCGAGCUGCUGGACGGUCUGCAGAGUAAGGCCAAGCUGCUGCGGAACAAGGCGGGCUGGCUGGACAGUGAGCUCAACAUGUUCACUCAGCAGUACCUCCACCACAGCAAGUGAAGACGGACUGAACUGCUGCUGCUGCUUCUGAACUGUAGGACGAAGAGAGGAACCAACAUCAUUGUCGUCAGAGGGACAGGACAGUCUGUACAUCUGACGUGAGUGGAGGGAGACCCUGAGUGGAGGAGGUCUGGUUCUGUACACAUGUUACUGUUGUAUAAAACCAGAACUACAUGUCCUGUCAGUCUGUGUCCUGGUAUUUCCAGAACUACAUGUCCCCCCAGUCUGUGUCCUGGUCUCUCCAGAACUACAUGUCCCCCCAGUCUGUGUCCUGGUAUUUCCAGAACUACAUGUCCCCCCAGUCUGUGUCCUGGUAUCUCCAGAACAAUAUGUGUCCUGGUCUCUCCAGAACUACAUGUCCCCUCAGUCCCUCCACUCUGAGUCCUCGAGCUGCAACAACACUGGUUCCUACUGAAGACAUAGAUCUUUAAAACACCUCUCAGAUAUAGAAUAUGUUCAUCCUUAAAACCUGCAGCUGCACUUCAGUCUUCAUGAGUUCAACAGAAGAUGUGCUUUGGUUGGGGACUAUUUUCUGUUGCGUGUGUUCCUGGCCGAACUCAGAGGAAGAACACGUGUCAGGACACAAUAAGGAACAUAAAGAUGAACUCAUGGUUUUAGUCAGGUGUAAUAUUUAGAGCACUGAAGUUGAUUUUACACUGAUCUUUAAUAACCUCAUGUACCAGAGAUGUUAGUGUGAAAUGAAGGCUGUGACUCAGCUGAUGUGUCAUCAUCAUCAUCAUCAUCAUCAUCACAUUAUCUGCUUUGACGCUGACAGAUGUUUUCAUGUGUAAAACAUCUGUGUUAGAGAAGACUUUGUGUGUAUCAUCUCUGCUUCCUCCUGUUAAACUCUCACACUUCUUCUUUUUGUUGCACUGAAUGUGUGUGUGGUUAGGAAACCGCCGCUACAUGUGAUAUUAAUAAUGAUAAUUAUAGCCACAUAUGAUGGAGAUGUGCGUGUGGCCAACAACAGCAGUCCGCUUCUGAGGCGUGUAUAUAAUGUAAUUUAAUAAUCUGCCUUUCAAUUGGAAACAAGGACACAUCAGACUGGAUGGUCUGGGUCCUGGUCCUGGGUCUGAGUGAGUCCUGGUUGAUUGAAACUAUAGACUGUUGCUAUGUGAACAGGUGGGUCUGCUGCCACACGACCCUUCAUCAGAGUGAAGAUGUGCACUUUACUGAGCUGCUGCUGCUUUAGAUUCUUUCUUCUUCAUAAAGGUUAUAGACGAUGCUGGAGGGGGAGGUGCCUGCAUGCGGUGAUUGUUGUAGAUUGUUCACCUGUUCAAAUGUUCAAACGUGUGUAUGUAAAAAAAUAAAAAAAAAUAAAGG